AUGGGAUUGAGUUUAGUGAUAGUGAGCUCAAGCCGGAACUAUUACAAAAGGUGCAACGGAACCGACCAGAAAAAAUAUACAAAUUGGAUCAACGUCGAAGUGUUACUCCAUGAAGCAAUUUCAAACGUUUCGCAAAAGAACUGGGAAGAUUGUGUGAAGCAUGCAGAAGAACCCCAAGAGGAAGACUUGAAGAAAUCUCAUCUGUCAGAAGGUAUCGUAAUUCAUGUGGAUGACGAUGACUCUGAUGAUUCUGAUGUAGAAUUUUAA